ACAGCCUGGAUCAGUGGCAGGUUUCUGAGGAGACACUACACAGCUCUGGGAUUCAGUUUGAAGUCAGUAUUAAUUUAGCUUCUUGUGUGAUGGAUAAGUGUUUGAUGACACUCCCAGUCCUGCUGCUGUUCCUGGGCCUGGUUGGGUUAUCCCGCUCCUGUCUGAAUCCUGUCUCUGCAUACAGAUUCACUGGGGCUGUCUGUAGGCUGACCUACUCUGCAGCAGUGGUCUUAAAUGAGAAGACCACCAAGGUGAUACAGGCUGAUCCAGGCUGUUCAAGCAUGAACAGUGAGAAGUCUAUUCUCUUUGUUGGAAAGGUUAAAUAUGGGCUUACCAAGUGAGUGGACCUCUCUCCUUCCACAGUCAGCACACCAGCACCACAUUCUGGAGAUCCAUAACCUGUCGAUUGGGCGGAGUGAGUUUGAGCUGAAGCCAGUGUCAACGUGGGACAUUCAGUAGAUUUUGAAAUUGAGUCACAUAUUGAUCUCGGCAUUAACCCCAAACUUUAUUGUGGAAAAGAGAAUGUUGCCGCAGACACCUCAGUCUGUUACCUUACCAUCCACAAGCUCAAUCUCCUGCUGCUGGGAGACAGAACCUGGCUGGCUGAAGAGGCUGUUUACAGACUUUAUCACCUUCACAGUGAAGUUGGUUAUUAAAAGCCAGAUCUGCAAGGAGAUUAAUAAUGUGGCAAACAUACUGGCUGACUUCAUACAGGAACGAGCAGAGCAAUUCCUUAGUGAUGGUGACAUCAGCAUGAAUAUUGGUGUAACUUCUGCCCCUGUCAUCACAUCACAGUACAUUGAAUCAUAUCACAAGGGUCUGGCCAAAUACAACAAUGUGACAGCUGUCAUCAAUGCCUCUGUAUUCCACCCCAGCCAGCUGACAGAGGACCGCAUGCUUUACUUUUGGAUCUCUGAUGAGGUCUUCAACCCCUUAAUUACAGCUUCCCACCAAGAUGGACGUUUUGUCCUCAACAUCUCUGGCCUGGAGCUCACAGAACUUUUCAAAGUGUAUUUGUCAACCGAAAUGCCAGAGUUCCUAAACCAGCUACUGUCCUCUGAGGAGCCAUUUCUGAGGGUGUGGAGUGUGUCAGUGCCUCAACUGUGGACGACCCCACUGGGCAUCUCUGUUAGAGCUUUGGCUGCAGUGAAGCUGACCAGCGGAGCUGAGGACAUCCCAGGACUUUACUUUGAGACGAUGGUUGAAGCUCACAUUGAAUAUUUAAAAGGAGCAGUGGAAAAAAAUAGGUGUCCCAAAAGUAAUAUCUGAACUAGAACCAGGUUUAACUGCACUCAUGGACAAACUGGGAGCAAAUCUGUUUGAUAUCAUCAAGCCCCAGGUUGUUUCUCAGGAUGUGAGUACUCAUAACCCUGUACUUCACUCUUACUUAUCAUAAACUCCAAAUAUAAUGUAUACACAAACUAUAGGACUAAAUAAAUUCAUUAUUUUCUGUCUGUAGGGUCAAAGCUCCUCCCUCUUGAGACACAUUUACAUUACAUUACAUUUAAGUCAUUUAGCAGACACUCUUAUCCAGAGCGACUUACAAAUUGGUGCGUUCACCUUAUGACAUCCAGUGGAACAGCCACUUUACAAUAGUGCAUCUAAAUCU